UGUACAGAAGACGAACAUAAUCGAAUUUUAGUUGGAUAUUUUUCGUGCAUUGUGCAAAUAAAUUAACAUAUUUUUAUUAUGUAUGAAUAAUAAAAGUGAAAAGUUUGAUUUUGGUUCUUCGAAACGGUAUUCAUUGGCUGUUUGGGUAGAUACUUCUUCUGUGUCAAUACAAAAAGAUGAAUUCCUACUGCGUGCCUGUAUACACCAUCUACAUCAUGGGAAUAAUAAUCAUAGUAUUGAUUCUUAAUUUGGUAUCUUUACUGUAUCUUCUUCUAUGUAAGAGAUACAAAACUAAGGAUUCAUAUAGCUUACAAGUCUCUAUUCCUGAUGCACAUCACCCUAAAACAAGCUCAUUUCACUUACCGAAACGACAGUUUAUAAAUAAAUUUGAAAAGUUACGUGCAUGCAGCGUUGAAAGUGAUUCAGAAAGAAAUCUAUGCACACACCAAGCUAAUUCCGAAAAUGAAUCUGACCGAAACAAGAGUUACACUGAUAGAGUUAAAAAUAAAAUCCCAGAUCAAAUAGCAAUUAUACCCCCUGACAAAAUGGCGGCUAUAUGUGAUGCCAUACUUAACAAUAGGGACCGAAAAGUAAGCUUAGAAAACUUGGAAACACCACAAGCUAAUACUGAAAGUGAAUCUGACCAAAAAAUGGAUUACGCCGACCGCGAUAGAGUUAAAAAUGAAAUUCCAGAUCAAAUAGCAAUUAUACCCCCUGACAAAAUGGCGGCACUCUGUGAUGCCAUAAUUAAUAACAAGGACAGGAAAGUCAACUUGGAAAACUUUAAAAAAUUAGAAAUACGUAAUGAUGUUGUUUAUCAAAAAAAUGAAAGAAAAUCAUUCGCGAAUUUGAAAACAAAAUGUGCAUCAGUGCCCGAUUUGGGAAUAUAUGAUGUUAUAACCACUGUACGUCCUAUAGAGAUGGAUGAAUCAUCCGGUUUCAAAGAGUCUGAUGAAUUAGAUCAACCAACGGUGAAAAUUUUAAAACUUUCCGAUCAUUGUGAACGUCAUAGUGGAUAUUACAAAUUUCCACUUUCUUUUAGACUGACGUAUUCAAAUUCAAAUGUAAUAUAGGUAGUU